AUGUACGCCCUUAAGACUCUUUCCGUCUUGGCCAUUGCCGCCACCACUGUUUUCGCCGCUCCCACCCCGGCUGAGAAUGGUGCCCUUGAAGCCCGCCAAUGGCGUGGUGGUAAUCGAUAUUGGAACCGCCCUGACUCCAACGCUGAGGUCACCACCUACGCCUAUGGAGGCGAUUCCCCUGCCGAGACCCCUGCUCCAGCGGCUCCCCAGACGUGGGGAGCUCCAUCCUCCGCCCCAGCUACUCCAGCUCCUUCCGCUCCAGCAACUCCCGGCGGUGGUGGCGACUGGCUCGAUAUCGCCAACAAGUGGCGUGUCGCCGGAGGCAAGCCUGCCUUCACCGAGAGCUCCACCUUGGUCGCAAAUGCCCAGAAGACUGCCGACGACUCUGUUGGUGGCCUGCAACAUCAGCUAAACCCUGGCACAAUGGCUCAGGUCUUGGCACCCGGUGACGCCUCCGACUUUGAGACCGUAUAUCUCGGCGGAUGGCUCUGCGAACUGCCAAACUCCCCCGGAUUGGACGGCAUUUGCGCUUCCGCUUCUAACGGUUGGAACCAUGAGGGACAGACCGGGCAUGCCGAGAUCCUGACUGGAGACUACAAGAGUAUUGGCUGCGCUUUCAGUAGCGGCACUGGGGUUUGGAGCUGCGACUUGGCAUGA